UUAAUGUUCCAACAUUGUAAUCUUUGUAAUGUAAUCGAACAAGGCACGAGGAUGUAAUCGGUAUCGAUGGUAUGGUAAGCUUUAUAUAUCAUGAUAGCAGGCUUGUGUUGUUGACUAUCUGACUUCUUCACUAUAGACCUUUGACUUCUCAUAUUUUUUGUUUAUCAGGGCUUUGAUGAUAAACUACCUGCAGAAAAUCUUUUUCACCUUCAGAUACAAUCUUCUUAAAACGCAGUUAGCUCCCUUCUGCCUUUGCACUCGAGGGCCAAUCUCCGUCCGGCCCGAGGAAACCUUUGCACGCCUCCGUUACCUUUUGGGAAUGGGAGCGUAUGGAUUGAUUCGGAUUAAUAUGGAAUUAUUACCACACGCUCAUUCUAUAUUUUCAAUGCACGAGAUCUUGUAGCACUUACCAAUGAGGCCCUAUCGAUUAGUAUUACACAGACGAAUCAGAAGAUUUGUGAGAAGCCAUUUUUUGUUCUCUCCUUUUGUUCAGAUUCUUUCCAUGGUGAUGUUGGAGUUGAAAAUGAAGUUGACUCAAACACUGAGUCUUAAUUCAGUGGCCACUCUGAUGAAGAUGAUGCUAAGGAUGCAUCUGAGACAAAAGCUAUUGUGGAACCAACUUCAAAAGCAUAGGAGGGGAGUGGUGAUGAGGGCUCAGAGGAUAGUUCUAAAGAGGAGCAUAUUCCUUCUCCACGAAGAAAAUGGCCGUUUGUCAGCGGAAGCGACUGGCCAGAUUCUGGUGUGAUAUGAUGGUGGUGACUGAUUGUUCAAGAGAAUGACGGUGGAGAUGUUAAUUUUGAAAUUGGUGGCGACCGUGAAAGAAUGCCAAAACUGAUCAGUCGUUCUUUUGGAAUCCUCAAAUGUUUGGUUUUAAAAUCAUUAGUAUGACUAUGCUCUGGAAGGAAAAUAGAAAAAUGUUGGAGAGAAAGGUACCGAGUAAAUGUCAACCGAGUCUUCAACAUCACCACUGACAUAACAAAUAUCGUCUGCACACUACCUGCCAAAUCCACCUCAGCUGCAACUCAAGCAACUCCAAUUCCCAACACAUCAGUUGUGCAACUAAAGACGAACAUGCAUUAGCAAAUCGACAACUUUUCCAAAC